ACUUGGUAUUUUGUCAUAGCAGGUUUAAGCAUUCACUGGAAUGUAGGAUAGGACUUGAUCGUAAAUUGUAUCUUAAAAAAUACUUUUAUCUAAACAUGCUAAAGCAAGUGAAAGGAUACAAAUAAAGUCAGUACAAAGUUUUAGCUAUUAUCUGAUUUAGUAUAAAUUAAAGGUUUUGGCAGUCGAUGGAAUGCUUGAAAGACUUCAUUGUUGUGAGUGGUUGGUAUAAACGGUGUUUUUGAUAAAAGUAAGAGUAAGGGGGGAAAAGUCAACAACGAUCAGUUUCGUUUUAGCUAUUAUCUUUUAGAUUUUUAAUUAAGAGAGAUGAUUCUAUAACCUGGUUAGAUGAAAAAGAAGUCACAUGGCAACGUCGAACAUAACUAGUACAUCGAACCAUUCCAUACUUACAUGUAUGGUCUAUAACGGUGGAACAAAAGUAGUAAAAGCCCUUGCUGAGAAACGUAUAGAUGAGUUGUUACUAACGGGACAGAAUCCUGGGGACGGGAAGGUCGAUGCAUUUCUAAAACAGAACCAGCAGAAGAUACUUGGAUACCGAGCAGGUAGAAGUAACGAAUGGCUGUAUUUUCCUGCAGAUUAUAGCCCUACAGACUUCGCUAAAUGGGACUUGAAUGCGACAAUUUUCAUCUUGUUGGAGAUUUGUGAUCUAGGAAAGCAAAUACGAAUGUAUCUUGAACAACUGAGAAAACUCAGAAAUAAGCUUGUGCAUUUGAGCAGCACAGAUAUAAGUGAAAGCAAAUUUGAUCACUUAAAAACUAAAGUUUCUGUUAUUUUGGAGAAAUGUCUCUGUGAAAUAGGUGAUGACCGCCUCGCAAUGGACAUUGAAGAAAUGAAUAAGCGAAUAGAAGACGGAUCAAUUUUGCAGAACGCAAGUACAAAACAUCAUACAACACAUGAAGAAACGCGGAAUGUUCUUGAAAAGUCGGAAAACUUUGACGAGUCUACAGAAAAGAAAUUGGAAACUACUAUUGAACUUCUUCAGAAAAUUGAGCCAACAUUAACAUCAGAAAACGAGACGAUGGAAGUUCCAGACAUUGGAAUUAAAAUUACCGUCAAAAACUGCAGUAGAGAUAAGGCAGUUGUCAUCUCCAAUCACAUGAGAGAUAUUUUUAACGACGUCAUUUAUGAAAAAUAUGACGAUUUCAAAGAGCUGUCUAACGAGUACCGACAUAACAUGAAAGAAGCCGUAUACGAAACAUGCAUGAUAUUUUUAAGCAACGGAAGACGAGUAUAUAAGGCAGAAGUAGAGUGCGUUGUAUUACAUAUACGAUGCAUUUCACUUGUGGCCUUAUUAAUACUAUUUCGGGACUACAUUAACGGUAUUCUUGACGAAAACCUGCAGGCACUUCAAUCAGCGGUCAGAAGAUGUGAGGGCUUUGAAGAUACUUCUCUUGAAAUGACCGUGUACAAAGAUGAAUUUUGGAACAUUUUGUCAAGGAUUGCUGUAGACUUGGAGAAGUGUGUUUCUAUUAAAGAAAAACAGCACCAGAAUCCGCAAAGCAAUGGAAAAACCCGAACCGUUUCUGCAUUGUCUGUACCAGAAACGUUUCCUACUCAAAGAAAAGAUGGAAUGGAACAGUACAUGAAACAACACACUAGCUCUCAGGAAUCCGAACAGCAUGAACAUAUACCACCAAGUGAAAACGACGAACCAACGGAAGCAAAAUUACUCGAACCCUCAAAAUCAUGUGGGACAGAUCAUACUGUACCAGAACUACCUUCAGAGAUUUCUACUAAAGAAAAACAGCACAUGUUAGUUCUAUCCGAUGGCAAAGACGGAUGUGUUUCUGACGAAUUGUCUGUGUCUGCAUCUAUGCAUAUAACGGAAAAAGAAGAUUUGGACAGCCAGGACAAACAGGAUGAUCCAAAGGAACAAGUACAACUUGAACAUGAUACUUCAAGAGCAAACGAUGCAGCAAAGAAUGAAAUGUUACACGAACCACUGAAAUCAACUGAGGCAGCAGACACUGAUGUUAAAAUGAAAGAACUGCGGAGACCAAUAGCAGGUUGCAUCGACUUCGGGACCUCAUAUGCAGGAUGGGCAUGGUCAUUUAGUGAUAAGCCAACGAAAAUUUACACAAGUGUUAGGGUACUGGAAGGUAUAACAAAUAUGGAAUGUUAUAAAGAACCUACAGCUGCCCUAUUCGACGGGAAUGGAAACUUUUCUGCGUUCGGUUUUGACGCAGAAGAGAAGUAUGAAGAGCUUCUAGCAAAAAAAUGCAACCAAGAUUGGUAUUUUUUUCCAAACUUUACAAAGGAAAUCAGUCGCAAUGCGAAUGUUUCAAUAGCUACAAAAUCGAAAGAUGUCGCUGGUAAGGAAAUGACAGCGGUGAAAGUUAUAGCUGAUGUAAUAAGAUAUAUGAAAGACACGAUAAUCACGGAUGUACGUAAACAUGAAGACGAACACAAUGAGCAGGAUGUGCACUGGGUACUUACUGUACCGGGUAUAUUUCUAGAUGAUGAAACUCUGUUUAUGAAACAAGCAGCUAGCCAGGGUGGAUUAUCUAAAAUACGCAUAGUUUCUGAACCAGAAGCAGCAAAGACAUAUUGUGAAACGUUCGUACGUAUUGAUAAAGACAACUUUGCAGAUGUACACCAUUUCCCUAUUGGUUUAACAUACUUACUAGCUGAUCUUGGAGGCGAAGCAACUAAGAUAUCUGUCCAUCAAAUUACUGAGGACGAAUUUCGGAGCAAGAUGCACUUUUCAACGUGUGAAGAAUCAGGUGGAAAUACAGUGAACCUAGCUUUUCGAAGCUUUCUUGAAAGUCUUUUUGGAGAAGAAGUUAUUAACAAAUUCAGGCUUUCGGCAGGACGUGAUCACUUGGACUUCUUCCGCGAGUUUGAGAUAAGGAAAAGAAAGGUAAAUGCUGACCUCGCGCCUUCUAUUACGUUUAAGUGCCCGGCUUCUCUUGGAGAGUGUCUUCUUGAAAAGCGGAAUCUGACGUUACAAUCAUGUAUUGCAGAGAAAGGACUGUCAAAUGAAAUUGAUGCAAAAACUGAUAAAAUGAGAAUUGGUUCAAAACUUUUGAAAGAGUUUUUUGAUGAGCCAGUAGCAAAAAUUGUGAAAGCAUUAAAAGAUGCAAUUCGACAUGAUGAAUAUGAAAUAAGAAGGUUGAUAUUAGUUGGUGGGUUUUCGGAAUCCCUGUACGUAAAACAAAGAAUAUAUACAGAACUAGAAACAGACUUUCCCACCAUAGAAAUCGAACAACCAGAAGAAGCGUCUCUACAUGUUAUGAAAGGAGCAAUCAUCCUUAUGAAUAAACAUCUUUAAAGGAAAAAUCUAAACAAAGUUUCAGAUCUAAAGUCGCUCUAACGACAUAUAUACUAUCAAGUCAGUACACACACAAACAAACAACCAUAAUGCAUGUAAACGUUUAAAAAUAUUGUUAGUUUUCAUAAAACGAUAGACUUUUCUCAUUUUAUGAUAAGAUUUUAUCUAGCGGCUAAGGAUAUAAUAAAAUCUGUAAAAAGAUCCUUUGGAAGCAAAAAAUGCCAAAUAACCAAGAAGAAUAAUAGCAGACUCGAUUUAAUUGAGUCUGUUCAUAAGAGGUAAUGAAAUGUGCAACACCUCUCACGUCCUCUAGCAUCAACUUAAGCGGAAAUCUAGUACACAUAUGUUGAAUGGACUCCAUGAUCCCAAAGGACCUGAAAAUAUCACAACAAUGAACUUGAUUCGAUUUAAGGAAAUGCACAAAAUGAUCAUAACGAAAAAACAUGAAGAAGUAAUCAUGUAUGCAGCCUUCAUUUGUAUCACAUAAAAUAAAUAAUAAAACCAAAACGUAUAUUACCUUUUAGAGGCAUAAAACGUAGGCCAAACAAAAUAAUAGCAGAAACGAUUUGAUUCUUAAAGGCCUUUAAAACGUUACUGAAUGAGCGUUAUGUGUGCUUAGUAAUUGUCGACCCGGUAUUUUAAUUAAGCAUAACUCUUAUCAAUGAAAAUUUAGUAAUUUUAAUAAAGAACUCAUUUACAAGGGAAAUUGGGUAUUGUUUGAGAUGUAACGAGAAAAGAUCACAAUCUUCAAAUAUACAAUUUGUUAACCUGUGAUCAUGUGUGUGAAUCAAUUUCCUUUUUAGAGAAGCUGUGUGAAGGUCGUAAACUUCGUGUACUUGAACUAUAUUCCAUGGAGCUUGCGGAUCCUGCAUUCUAUUUAUCUGUUUAAUCAAGUUCCACUAGACCCUGAACAUGGGGACGCGGAGGGUGUUACAUAAUUCAUUACCUUUAAUGAUAAGGGGCCCGUUUCAUAAAAACUCAUAAGUUGUUUUAAGUUUGCUCCUUUUUUGAACUUAGGAGUACCAUAAGUUAUUACCUAAAACGUUUCACAAUGCUUACUUAUGCAAUGUAUAAACAAAGUCAUAAAUAUUGAAAGAGAAUGCCGUUAUAAAGUCAAUAAUCGAAUUGUUUUCCUAGUAGACCAAGAUGGGCUAAAAUGACCGAAAACGACACAGUAUUGAAAUCCGAAUGGGCUCUGAACCAACGAAUUCCACUGCCGAUAAAAAAUAACACAUUAAUCCUCUCCUGAAUUGUCACACUGCAUUUAUAAUUUAUCGGAAAAAAACAUAAAAAUUUCAUCUAACAAAACCAUAACCAUAACAAUAUAUGUACACUAGUUUUGCUUAAAAAUGAACACUACUUCAUGACUCAUACCUUUUUUUCAAUAAUGUAUAUUACAUGUUUCUGAUGUUCUGUAGAUGUAGCCUGUAGUAUGACAUAUCCAAGUUUGAAAUAAAUGUUUGGUGAUGAAAACAUUUGACUUUGUUAAUUUUUGUAAGUUAAAAGUUAUACGAGGGGUGUUCAAAUAUGAAUGCAACUAGGCCAAUUUUCAAAAGUGCUUAACAAACAAUGCCAAAAUAAUUAUCUCAAUCCUUCAAAAUACUCACCACCAUGUUAUAGACAAAGUUUCAGUCUUUUAGUCCAAUUGUUAAAGGCGUUUUCAUAAUCUUUUCGAGGUAUACUGUUCAGACACAGGAAAAUAGUUGAACCGAGAUUUUUG